AUGCAAGUGUUCUUUCCCGUCAUUGCUAGUGCCGGCUGUAUCAGUUGUAAGGCCACUUACAUUUUCAGAGGAGUGUCCAAGCCCCUUCAUACAGGUCCUUACAGCUACCCUCAGGUCUUUUCCGGUAGUCGUUCCACUAAUUGGGAUCAAAGCUGCCUGUUCCUCUGUGAUUUAAAGAUGAUCAUCAACUCCCCUUAUGAAGACAGCUACCUGCACCAUCAGCACAUCAGUAUUGUCAUCGAUUGCAAGAAAGUACCAUUGCUGGGGUUUUCGUUGCGGCCGUUCUCCUCCUUGCUGAUACUGGGUUCUUGGUGCGGAGAAUCGCUGUCGGCAAUCGAACUGAACGCCCACGUGCCAACUGGGCAGGACGAGAUGGUGUACACGUGCGAAAUCGGGUCGCUGUCAAAGCGCGACCACGCGGUGGCCGGGGGUUUGUUCAAUCCUAGCACGGAUAGUGGGAACGAAGGGUACGGCUACCAAAUCAGGGAUCAACCGUACGUUCACCACUGCGGAUUAGUCGAUCACCAAACUGCUGCGGAAUUACACUCGUUAGUGGACAAGUUUCAAACUAAUGUAAAAAUUCUAAAACAACUGGGCGAGGAAACAGAUCACUGGGAUGUGUUACUGAUUCAUCUGCUCAGCACACGGUUGGAUUCCUCAACAAGGCGCGACUGGGAGGAUUUUGCGGAGACAAACGAGUGUACGAAGUUUCAUCAGCUGAUCGAGUUUCUGCAACGGCGAGUCAACGUGCUGGAAACGGUGAAGAAUAAAUCCUACGAGUCAGCAGCGAUCAGCAAGAAGCCCAAUCCUCCACGCACUGGAAGUCAUGGAGCUGUACAGCAAGGAUUUCGCUCAUGUCCAGUGUGUUCCAGUCAGCAUUUUCUGUACCAGUGCGAGUCGUUUGCGAAAAUGACGGUCAAUGAGAAAGAAGGAUUCGUACGACGAAACAAACUAUGUCGGAAUUGCUUACGCCGCGGUCACAUGGCGAAGGAUUGCUCUUCCGAAAGCUACUGCCGCAAGUGCAGAGGUCGUCACCAUACUCAGCUGUGCUACGUGUCUAAAUCUGAUUCCACCAGCAACGCGGCCAGCAGUCAACCAGCUUCGGUCAACCAAUUAGUUUCUUCCAGUGCUCCCAGCCAACCCAGCAUGCCCAGUGGGUCGCAAACCUCAACUCCAACCGUGCACACGGGAAUAACGAGCUGCAUUUCCUCCGAUGGGUCGAGAACAAAGGUGUUGUUGGCGACAGCAAUAGUUAUGAUGGUAGACGAUGAAGGUUCAGAACAUCCAGUUCGGGCGUUGUUAGAUUCGGGGAGUGAAUGUUGUUUCGCAACGGAGCGAGUUGCCCAGCGGAUGAGAGUUCGUCGAUCAAGAGUAAAUCUACCGAUUGCAGGGAUCGGUCAAGCCUCCACUGAAGUUCGCUGCAAAUUUCUAGCAACGGUCAAGUCCAGAGUAUCAAGCUAUUCAACCACCAUUGAAGCAUUCGUUCUGCCCAAGGUUACUAUCGAUUUACCAUCGAUAUCUGUCGACGCAUCGAGUUGGACUCUACCAACAGGAAUCCAACUGGCGGAUCCAUCCUUUUAUCAGUCAGGAGCGGUUGAUUUGGUGUUAGGCGCUGAAGUAUUCUUCGACCUUUUCAACGUCGCAGGUCGUAUUCCUCUGGGCGACACACUUCCUCCGUUAAUUAACUCGGUAUUUGGGUGGGUGAUCAGUGGCAAAACUCCCCAGAGGCAAUCGAGGUCGCCCAUUACAUGCAACGUUGCUACUACCGCAGACAUCCAGCGCAGCAUGGAGAAAUUUUGGAAAAUAGAAGACGAUGCAGCAAUCGCAUAUUCACCCGAGGAAGCCUAUUGCGAGAAGUUCUUUCGUGAGACGACAGUUCGUGGAGAUGGUGGAAGGUACAUCGUGAGAAUCCCGUUCAAAGAUGGCGCUUUAGACAACCUGGGUACCAACAGAAGGACAGCGUUUCAUCGUUUCCGACUAAUUGAGGCUCGUCUAGGUCGAGAUCCGAAUUUGGCAGCAGAAUAUCGGAAGUUCAUGGACGAAUAUGAGAAACUUGGACAUAUGAAGCGCGUUAAUGAAUCGGAAACAACGCUAGGACCAGCAUACUUCCUUCCUCAUCAUCCUGUCAUCCGUGAAGAAAGCAGUACCACUAAAGUAAGGGUGGUCUUCGAUGCUUCCUGCAGAAGCACAACAGGAGUGUCCUUGAAUGAAGUCAUGCUAGUGGGACCGGUCGUUCAAGAAGAUUUGCGGUCCAUUAUAAUGCGAUCUCGCCUGCAUUCGGUCAUGCUUAUCGCCGAUGUCGAUAAGAUGUAUCGGCAAAUCACACUUUCUCCCGACGAUAAUCGACUCCACUUGAUUUUCUGGCGUGCUUCACCUUCGAAUAACAUACAAAUAUACAAGCUGCUCACAAUGACUUACGGAACUGCUUCCGUUCCGUAUCUGGCCACACGAGUGUUGAAGAAGCUUGCAGAUGACGAGGAGAAAACUAUCCACUGGCAUCUACGAUCAGUCGCUGAAGCAGUCAAACUUCGGAAACAGAUGGAGGAAAUGUUCAACUCUGCUGGAAUGCAGUUACGGAAAUGGGCAAGCAACAUUCCAAGUGCACUUCAAGGAGUUCCGAACGAUAAUCGUGCUCUGCAGUCUUCGGUGGAAUUCGACAAAGACCAGUCCAUCAAAACUCUGGGUUUACACUGGGAACCCCACUCAGAUCAGCUCAAAUACCUCGUUCCAAAAGCAAUUGUUGAUCCAAGCGCAGUCGUCACCAAACGCUCUGCACUUUCUUGUAUUGCAAGGUUGUUUGACCCACUUGGUUUGGUUGGGCCAGUGGUAGUUCGUGCCAAAAUGUUUAUGCAGGAAUUAUGGGGUUUGAAAGACGACAACGAUAACCAGUACGACUGGGACAAGGAAUUGCCAGAAGAUAUGAAGGAUCAGUGGGUCAGAUAUUACACCGAACUCCCUCAGCUCAACACGCUUCGCAUUGAUCGAUUCGUCGUACUCCCGGAAGCAACUUCAUUAGAACUCCAUUUCUUCUCCGAUGCGUCAAUUGCUGCGUACGGCGCGUGUGCUUACAUCCGAUCAUCAAAUUCGUCCGGUGAAGUGAAAGUAGCGCUUCUUACGUCUCGUUCAAAAGUCGCUCCACUGAAGCAACAAAGUAUCCCGCGACUGGAACUCUGUGGUGCUCUUCUGUCUGCUGAACUCUACGUGAAGGUUGCAGCGGCGCUGCGAAUAACAUCCAACGCAUACUUCUGGGUGGACUCCACUACGGUUUUGAGCUGGCUGAAGGCUACUCCGUCAACGUGGUCAACGUUCGUUGGGAAUCGCGUGUCGAAAAUCCAACACAAGUCACAGAACUGUGAGUGGAAUCAUGUGGCGGGUCGUGAGAACCCAGCUGACGUUAUUUCCAGAGGACUUCCAGCAGCGGACUUAAUGGAAUGUGAAAGGUGGUGGCGAGGUCCUUCAUGGCUUCGCUGCGAUAAGGAUGCGUGGCCAAUUCCAGUAGAUGGCGGUAUCGAUCAGGAAGCUUUCAAAGAAGCAAGAAAAUCAUCACACAUAACCGCUUCUCCAUCGCCAACUUUCGCCGAAGAUUACGUGAACCAGUUCUCCAAUUUCCAGCACAUGCUUCGCAUAACCGCAUACUGGCGACGCUAUUUUGCUAAUUUACGGCUACCGAGGACCGAACGAGUUGUUUCUUCGCCAUUAACUACAGUUGAACUACAGGGUGCGGAGCUAGCAUUGAUACGGCUAGUACAGAUGGAUUCAUUUCCAACAGAGCUGAAGGCAGUUGAAGCACAGCAGUUGGUAUCAUCACGCUCACGUCUUCGUUGGUUCAACCCGUUGAUCGAUUCCGAUGGCGUUCUUCGUAUCGGUGGGCGAAUUGGUCGCUCUGCACAAUCCUACGAUUCCUGUCACCAGAUUCUGCUCCCAGGUUCACAUCCGUUUUCAUCACUUCUCGUUCGAUGCCAACACGAGCGUUUGCUUCACGCAGCGACACAACUUCUUAUGAACACUAUUCGUCUGCGAUACUGGAUUCUGGGAGGCAGAAACGUUAUUCGGCGCGUCGUCCAUCGUUGCGUCACAUGCUUCAGAGCUAAACCAAAGGUCGUAGAGCAGUUCAUGGCUGAACUUCCAGUACAACGAGUUACCGCCUCUCGCCCGUUUUCCAUCGUCGGUAUUGAUUUCUGGGGACCAAUCUACCUUAAACCUCGUCACCGUAGAGAUUCGCCACCAAAAGCUUACGUCGCUGUAUUUAUUUGCUUCAGCACGAAAGCCGUGCAUUUGGAGCUAGUCGUGGACCUAAGUACGGCUAAGUUUUUGCAAGCUUUCCGCCGUUUCGUUGCUCGCAGAGGUCUGUGCGCAGAAGUCUUUUCAGACAACGGGAAAAACUUCGUGGGAGCAGCCAACGAGCUUCGCAGGUUGUUGCGUGCCGAAUCGUUCCGACAAUCGUUCGCGAGUGAAUGCUCCAAUAACGGAAUUCACUGGCAUUUCAACCCGCCGCGUGCAUCCCACUUCGGAGGUUUAUGGGAAGCGGCAAUCAACUCGGCCCAGAAACAUUUUGUAAGAGUUUUGGGAGAUCGCAAGUUACCAUUCGACGACAUGGAGACACUUCUCGUCCAGAUAGAAGCUUGUCUCAACUCACGCCCUCUAACGAAACUCUCCGACGACCCGUCGGACCUCCAGGCUCUCACUCCGGGUCAUUUCCUCGUUGGUUCAUCGCUUCAAUCCGUCCCAGAUGGCGACUAUACAUCAAUACCAACCAAUCGGCUACACUCGUGGCAGCAAAUCCAGAAAUUACUCCAAGAUGUUUGGAAACGUUGGCAUGUGGAGUACCUACAAUCUCUGCAGCCUCGAAGUAAGUGGCUGAAACAAUCCGUUCAGCUGAAAGAGAAUCAGCUUGUCAUCAUCGUUGAUGAGAACCAGCCGCCAAUGCGUUGGCCUAUUGCACGUGUCAAGGAGCUGCAUCCAGGGAAGGAUGGAGUAGUUCGAGUGGUUACUCUGCAAACCACGUCUGGUUUGCUAACUCGACCCACGGCGAAAAUUUGUAUUUUGCCAAUUUCGGCAACGGUCGACGAUCAAUCAGCUGCAUCGGCAGCAUCGCAAUCGAGCUAG